AUGAUCCUCCCGAGUUCCCCAAACCCACCAGUCGAGCUUGGUUCCCUUGAAGAGACACCGUAUGACCUCGCCAACUUGGGCCUCCCCGCCAUCGCUGCUCUCGAUGUCCGUGAGCAAUUCAUACCGAACGGUGUGAGACCACGUUUCUCCCGGAUGCAGACAAGCAAAGCCCUCAUGGCGGCCUGGAGAGACUUGAAUAUCAGGAUCAUCGCAAAAUGUAUUGCCGCCACUGCAACUGAAUCCUUCCAUAUCUACCCACCGAUCCCGCCACACCCAGAGGCGUGUUUUCAGUCCCGCAGUAUUGAAAGUGACUGGUCUACCACCGCCGCCACUUAUUGGUUCGUACGUGACAUGGAGCGUCGCAGUCACACGAUCAUCCUCGUGUAUUCAAGAGAGGUUCACCGGCACGCGGCAUACCGGGAUAACGCGGAUCGGUUCGACGCGGACCGAUGGGUGACCGAGGGAGUCGGGAAUCGGCACCGGAGCGUGUAUGUGCCUUUUGCGGCGGGGGCGCGUGGCUGCAUAGGGUUCAACGUGGCUUUGCAGGAAGUGAAGGUUGCGUUGGCUGAGCUGGUCUAUCGGUACGAUUUUGUGAAUGCGACGGACGAGGCCAUCGAGUAUGAUCCGGACUUCAUUGUGAUACGGCCGUUGAACUUCUACGUCAGGGCCAUUCGGCGGUCUAGCUGGCCGGCAAGAUCUAGUGCUUAA